UCUCAAGCAGCCCCCGAAGAAGCCAUCUCUCUCAAGCAGCCCCGCCCCCGAAGAAGCCCGACCCUCACUCUCACAGCACCUCUCUCUCUAACAUAUAUUUCUCUUUCUCUGCAGAAAUUCCCAAACAAGAUACUGUAUUUCUUCGUCCUUCCAUGGAUUCCCUUUUGGGUUGUGGCAGGGAAAAGGGAAAAUGGGGUUGUCGGGCGGCUCUGCAGCAGCGGCAGGGAAAAUGGGUUGUCGGGCGGCUCUGCUGCAGCGGCAGGGGGGACAAACCCUACUUUUAUUUGAAAUUGGUUGAAAUCGAUCGCCAUUCCAAUGUUGAGUCUGAGAAAGAUCAUUGCAGCUGCUUCCCGACCACUCUCAAGAACUUUCCGCACCCAUCCAUAUGUUUUCUCAAUCCUUCUUGAUUCCAGAAGGGUCUUCAUCAAUGGAAUGAUUGAUGAGGAAAGUUCCAAUUCGGUUAUUUGUCAACUCAUGUAUCUGGAGCACAAAGAGCCAACGUUGCCGAUUCAAAUCAUCAUCAAUUCUCGGGGAGGAAGUUUCGCCUCAGGUAUGGCCAUUUACGACCAGAUUCAAUCUCUCGCUUGUCCCGUACACACUUCGUGUGUCGGGAAUGCAGCUUCAAUGGCUGCAGUGUUACUUGCAGCAGGCAAAAAAGGUUUUAGAUAUGCCUCAAUCAACAGUUUCAUUAUGAUCCAUUCGGCAAGUGCUGGAUUUCAAGGUUUCACAAGGGAUGUGAAGAUCGGCGUUGAUCGCCUUCUUCAAGUAGAGGAAGACAAGAUUGUUGUCCGUAAGUUGGCCAAACACACGGGCCUUUCAAUAGACUUCCUGAUGAAGUCUAUUAAAAGGGAUAAUUAUAUCUCCCCUCAACAGGCCAAAGAGUUAGGUUUCAUCGACGUAAUAGGUAACUUUCCCUCUCUCACUCGCAAGUCUGAUUCUCCCUCGCUCGACGAUAUUGAUUCUCCGUAUCCCGCUGAUGAUAUUGAUGGAUGA